AUGCGCCGAGAAGAGAAGCGAAGCAAGUUCAACGAGGCUGUCGUCAACACGCUUUUUCCUCCUCCUCCUCCAUCACCACCGCCCAAAGAUGAGGACGUACCCUUCAACGUUUCACGUCAAGACUUCGGACUAGAAAUUGGGUCUUCAGCUACCAGCGGGGAUGAGGAUGGCGAUGGCGAAAGUGAGACGCAUGAGCUCACGAGGGCCCAGCGGAAGAGACUCCGGAAGAAGAAGCUCAAGGAAGACGCUUCUCGACGCAAGCAAAUCAUAGGGCCUCUUCUCCCUUCGACAAUUGAUGAAGGUGGGAGUUGCAGUCCAGAUGUUCGACGAAAUGCCUAUGAGGAACCAAGUGAUCAGCCCCCUCAACCGGAUUGCGGUAAUCAGAAGAACAAGGUGAAGCAAAGAAGGAAGGCGAAGAAGCUGGCCAGGGAAAGAGAGAAGCAUUGAUGUAUUUCAAUUCGACCAACCAGUGAAGCUUAUGAUUUGGCCUCUGAAAAGUUAGACUUGGUCUAAAUGGUUAUAGAACUGUGAUACAGUGAGGGUUCCACUUUAUUUUGGACAUUGAGCACAAAUAUUCAGCAUGGCUUUGCAUCUUUGCUUACAAUAGAGCAUCAUUACAAUGAAGAAUGCUGGGCGAAAAUGUGCAGACUAACAAAUAACUAUGGUUUGUGGGAGCUGCUAAUGUUACUCAACAAAAUUAAGUACAUAGCGGGGUAACUAUCAUACAUUUACUUACAAGAAAGAUUAAAAAAAAACAGUGCACUGCAAAAUUAAUAGGGUAAAUGGAUGAGAUAAUUUCUUGAUUUAGUGAUCUUAAACAAAGAAAUCAAUAUCCCUGCAUAUUGCUAGAAGUGUCCUCCUGCUACCCAAAGCAAUAGUGAUUCAGAAUCAUCAGCACUCUCGUACAUGUUGUAACUUGAACCCUCAGAACCCAGU